UCUCCCCCUCCCUGUUAAUGGGAGAAACCGGGCCUGAGCGAGUUCUUUCCUUUCGCUGCGGCGGCCGCAGCCAUGAGUAUGCUCAGGCUUCAGAAGAGGCUUGCCUCCAGUGUCCUACGCUGUGGCAAAAAGAAGGUCUGGUUGGACCCCAAUGAGACCAAUGAAAUCGCCAAUGCCAAUUCCCGUCAGCAGAUCCGGAAACUAAUCAAAGAUGGGCUGAUCAUCCGCAAACCAGUGACUGUCCAUUCCCGGGCUCGAUGCCGGAAGAACACCUUGGCCCGCCGGAAGGGCAGGCACAUGGGCAUAGGUAAGUACUGUAAGCGAAAGGGGACAGCCAAUGCCCGGAUGCCCGAGAAAGUGACCUGGAUGAGGAGGAUGAGAAUCUUGCGUCGGCUGCUCAGGAGAUACCGUGAAUCAAAGAAGAUCGAUCGCCACAUGUAUCACAGCCUCUACCUGAAGGUGAAAGGGAAUGUUUUCAAGAACAAGCGGAUCCUCAUGGAACACAUCCACAAGCUGAAGGCAGACAAGGCCCGCAAGAAGCUCCUGGCGGACCAGGCUGAGGCCCGCAGGUCUAAGACCAAGGAAGCGCGCAAGCGCCGUGAAGAGCGCCUGCAGGCCAAGAAGGAGGAGAUCAUCAAGACUCUGUCCAAAGAGGAGGAGACCAAGAAAUAAGGGUCCUGCCCUCGUCUGUACAUAGUGGCCUCGGUGGCUGCAAAUACAGCUUUCCUGCUUGUCUCUC